GGAAGGAGCCGACGUGGACCGAGCCUCUACUCGGGUGCUCGCUCGUAACGUAGCAGCUGUCACGGGAUACGUUUUCGCGCCAACUGGCGGACGUUAGUGGGGGAAGCGUCGAAUGCGGCGCCGGUAGGAGCGAGGAGUGGGGAUACGCGAUUGCGUCAAUGGUAGGGAUAGCGGAGGCAAGGGGAGGGUGGGAGAACUUAACGAAAGCAAAAAACUUCAGCGUCCCGGUCUACCGUUAGGGAGGCCUUCUGUCAAGCCGGCGUCGGCGCGGUGUGACGUGUUCAGUCGCGUCUCGAUCUCUGUAGAAGGAGAAGGGAUCGCUCGUAGCGUGAAACGUCACGAGCUACAGAUCCCCUGCGAUUUUCUUUUUUCCCGUACAUGCGUUCCUUUCUCCUUCGUACACAGCCCUUAAACAACACACGUACACGUCGUUCGAUUCAUUUUUUUUUCUCUCUUUGAUAUCUUAAGAAAAAAAAAAGUUCCGCGAUUAUAUCCUAUUGUGCCGUUGUCCAGUCGAUAGUAUUUUCGAAGGACGACUACUACGUAAGACAUUUCGAGUUUUAUCAAAGUAGCGAAAAGAUAAGCGAGUGUAAAAAAGAGAGAGAGAGAGAUAGACAAUUAAUACUCCGUUACGAAGCGUUCGAGAAAUAGUGUCGUCAGUGUGCGUGCGUUCGAAAGACAUUCGACGAAGGAAAAAAAGGGAUAGAGGAGGGAGAGGAAGAGAGAGUACGAACACGCCUUCAGAUUCAUCAAAUGCAGCCACCUCGGAAGCUAGAGCGACAACGCCGAAACGCGUCCCCGUUGACGACGUUCACGCAACCGAGUUUAUCGUCGUUGACAAGUUGCUGUCGUCCGAGACCGAUGAGAAGUUUGAUACGUGUUCAACGAAACUUGGGGUGAUUUCGGAGGCACGUUAAAAUUAUUGUGGAUCGAUCGAAAAGAAAAGAAAAGAAAAGAAAAGGGGAUCGAGAACAAGUGCGUCCUCUUUUUUCUUUACUUUAACGCCGAAGAGGAUUAAAAGUGACACUGGGAGAUUCUCUUGAAGAGGAAGGCGUGUUUUGUAUAUUAUUGCUCGCAUUCCAGUGUGUACUCGUCUUCACACGUGCGUUACUAUACGCGUGACACCAUAUCCCUCAAAUCUUCGUUCUCCGUGAAACGUGCGCGUAACAAUCGUCUUGCCGUUGUUUUUACGUGUCGUUCGUCAUAGUACGACGCAAGUUCGUCGUUUCCUUUGUCAUUCUUUGCGUUACCAUUACCUUUCGGGUUUCUUUUUCUAUUUUUUUUUUUUUUUGUACUAUACGAAGUACAAGAAAAAGAGAGGACGUCUCGAGAAGGAGAAACAUUUUCGAAGGAGGCGGCACGUUGGAGGAGGAAGCGAUGCUACCACCCGCUGCGCUACAUCUGGAGGAGAGAAUGAACGGCGAUAGGGCAGGUAUGCAUCAACAACAGCAACAAGAUUCGCAACAACAAUUACAACGUUAUCAGCAUCGUCAUCAUCAUCAUCAUCACCAUCAUCAUCAUCAUCAUCGAAAUCAUCAUCAUCACCAUCAUCGUCAUCAUCAUCGACGUCAUGCUCGUUCAGUCGAUCGAAAUCGCUCAUUGACGACGAUGUCUCGAGACGACGACGAGUCGUCUCCGUCAUUUUCACAGUCGGCGGUAACCGCGAACGCUGCUACGAACGCACUUUCGCCAGCGAGAGAGCGAUUUCCAUCGUCGAGCAGCACCGAUGACGAUCAAAGCGGGUCGGAUGCUGAGCACGAUUCAUCAACGAUACGCGGGAAGGUCCAUUCUGGGAUUCUUCAUCACUCCACCGCGCAUUCCGUCAGAAAACGUCGUGGUAAUCUACCGAAGCAUUCGGUGAAGAUUCUCAAACGAUGGCUGUAUGAGCAUAGAUACAACGCUUAUCCAAGCGACAGCGAGAAAUUAACUCUCAGUCAGGAGGCGAAUCUCACCGUAUUACAGGUGUGUAAUUGGUUCAUCAACGCAAGGCGAAGAAUUUUACCAGAGAUGAUCCGCAGAGAAGGACACGACCCUCUUCAAUACACUAUAUCACGUCGUGGUAAAAAGAUGCCAGGUGGAAGUCAUCAACAACCAUCGAUUAAUCAAAGGAGCAAUCAGAAUUGGGAUCCUUUGGCCGAAUGCAGUGCACCGAAACGUAGAAGAGAUCACGAUUAUGAAGAAACAACUGGCCUGAUGUAUCGAAGUGAGGAGGAUAGUCCGAACGACUAUGAAAGCAGUUCGCAUAGCGAGGAAGAACGUCCUGCUACCCAAUGGCCAAGCGUAAUUGUUUAUCCGUAUUCGGAAACCAAAGUAGAAAAAAAUGAUCAACCUAACUACGGAGACGCGAUAGCCCAUCCAGCUCGACGAGGGGACGAGGAAGAUUCGUCGAUAGUAAGCGAAGCUGCAUACUGGAGUGCACCAAGGCAACACUUGACGACAACUCCAGACGUGCAACACGAGACAGAAGUUUAUAGUAGUACGCACAACGCUCACAAUCCUCGCAGCGAUGAAACACCACCACCGACGCCCCCGGAAGAGGACAAGGACAAGUUCAAGUGUCUCUACCUGCUCGUCGAGGCGGCUGUUGCGGUACGGCAACAGGAAGAGAAGGAACGCGAGAGUGCAGUCUCUGUUUAACAGUUUAACUGAUCGCGAAAGAACAGAGCCACGAUGAAGUUCCUGGUGCUUCUUCGAUUACGCUUUCCUUGUAUUUUUCUCACAAGUGAACAAGAGAUAAACAAAAAAACAACGUGUUUCACAUAGAGAUAAAGAUAAAGCGAUAAAAAUAGGUGGCCAUAAUGAUAAUAUACUUUUCGUUCGAAAGACAUUUUGUUUUUGAGAUGCGCUUGUCGAUGAAGCAACCAACGACGAUUAAUUCAUUAGAAUUGAUUAACUCCAUUCAUUAUUUGCUCCAACGACAUGCGAAUCAACCAUCCGACAAAACGGAGCUUUAAUCGUUCCGUUCAUCAUUAUUAACGCGACUUUUUGAUUUAAGGAAACUAUUUUUCGUUUCAUAUUGACGAUCCAACGCAUUACUGUACUUUGAGAUAUUUUGCGCAAAAGUGUUACGCAUUCUCGUGCGUUCUUUUUGCGUCUUUGACGAAAGGAGGUUGGAUAUAACGUUCGAUCUCUUUUUCUUUUUUUUUUUUCUUCUUUUUUUUUCUC